AUGGUCGUCGCAACAACGGAUGUCUGGCCCAACACGGCAGGCUUCGACACGGACUACGAAGAGCACGAGCCCGUGGAGCUCACCGUCAAAGGCACCAUCCCAAGGCAUGCUGCAGGUGUACUUUAUCGGACAGGUCCGCUCGGCUACAAGGCGAAGACGAACGACGGCAAGAUCUGGGCAGCAAGACAUUGGUUUGAUGGAUUCUCAUGUGUCCAUCGUUUCCAGAUCGACUUUCCCGACGCGGACGGCCCAGCGAAGGUUACAUACCGUUCGCGACGCACGGUGGAUGAGUACCUUGAGAUUGUUCGUACGACCGGAAAAUUGGACAGUACCACGUUUGCUGCAAAGCGUGAUCCAUGCGAGAGCUUCUUCUGGAAGGUCAUGAGUAUGUUCCAGGCAUCACAGAAUGAGCGCAAUGUCGGUGUCACGCUCUCCAUAAAUAUGGCAGGAAGUGACAAACUCAACAAAGGCGCGAAACCGACUGCCAACGGUCACACCAGUGGCAUUGAGACUCUUCAUGCCCGAACAGAUUCUAGUGCCAUCAAGGAGAUCGACCCAGAGACGUUGGAACCGCGCGGUUAUGCACGUCAAGAACGCCUUCACCCGGAGUUGAAAGGGCCUUUCUCUGCCGCCCACGCCAAGUCUGACCCCCAGACGGGUGAUAUGUACAACUUCAAUCUCGACUUUGGAUACAAGAGUACUUACCGCAUCUUCCGCGUCUCGGCAGCAUCUGGCGAGACAGACAUACUCGCUACUUUCCAUGGCACGCCUGCAUACAUUCACUCGCUGUUCUUGACUGAGAACUACGUCAUUCUCUGUGUCUGGAACAGUCACAUCACAUGGGGUGGCGUUUCGCUCAUGUACCACAAGAACGUUGUCGACUCUAUCGCGCCCUUCGACCCCAACUCCAAAGCAACAUGGUACGUUGUCGACCGCCGCGAAGGCAAGGGACUUGUAGCAACGUACGAAAGCAUGCCUUUCUUCUGCUUCCACAGCAUCAACGCCUGGGAAGAGCCAUCAGCUUCUGAUCCUAGCAAGACCGACAUCAUCACCGAGCUCAGCAUGUUUGAGAACCUAGACAUCGUCAAGCGCUUCUACUACGACAACAUCAUCUCUUCCAUCGACACGCCUGACUAUGAGGGUGAGAAGCGCAGGCUGUGCCUUCCGAUGCAGGCGCAGUUCCGCCUUCCGAGCGUCAACGCUGGUGUUCCUGCUACGAUGCCCGCUGAGCUUCUCUUUCAGGCCGACAAGUUCAAGUCGAUGGAGCUGCCCACGCUGAACCCGGCAUACCUGACCAAGCGCCAUCGCUACACAUAUGGAUGUGCCGACCGUCUCCGGUCUUCGUUCUUCGACGGCCUUGUCAAGUUUGACAACAAGACUCAGGAAGCCAUCUACUGGGAAGUUGAUGGUCACACGCCUGGCGAAGCGAUCUUCAUCGCUGACCCUGAAGGUGUGGAAGAAGACGAUGGCAUACUGUUGAGUGUGGUCUUGGACGGCUAUGCGGAGAAGAGCUACUUGCUCGUGCUCAACGCGAAGGACUUGACGGAGAUGGGAAGAGCUGAGAUGGCGGGGCCGAUGAGCUUUGGGUUUCAUGGGACGUUUAAGGAGACGUAUAAGACAUAUCGAGGGGAUGUUUGA